AUGUUGAAUGUCACUCUCCUCUUCUACGUGGCCCUUUUUGGUGGGCUGUUCUGGCUCGUCCACCGUGUUAGGCAACUUGGUCGUCCUCCCAAAGGCCUCCCCCCAGGACCGCCAACGAAACCCAUUCUCGGCAAUCUUCACCAGCUGAGCUUGGAGACGGGCCACAAGCAGAUGCUGAAAUGGGCAGAAGAAUAUGGACCAAUGUACACUCUCAUGCUGGGGCCAAACGAGCCCGCCAUUGUCCUCUCCGAAGAGCGACAGAUCAGAGAUCUACUUGUCAAGCGUGGCACCAACUUCUCAUCCCGUCCAGAUCACUACAUGGCUCAUGACGUCCUCAGUGGCGGCCUGCGCGUUAUCUUCAUGGUAAGUACUUGUUCAUCAUGUCCUGCUUUUUAUAUCCCCAAAGGUUCACACAUACUGGCUGAGGAUGUCGUCAGGAAAACAUACCUGUCAUACCAGUAUUUGGAGGGCAAAGCGUUGCUCUUGGGUCUCUUGGAGAAGCCUGAGGAUUUCAUGACCCAUCUGCAACGCUUUUCUCUUUCAUUUUCCACCCAGAUUACUUACGGUUUCCGAACGCCGACCCAUGAUCACCCAUUAGUGAAGAAGAUUGUUUACCAUUUUGAAGAGUUCUCCAAGGUUUCUGCCACCCCCACAGCGCAUAUCCUGAAUAUCUUUCCCCUUCUAAGGCGGCUGCCGGAUUUCUGCCUGCCCGGCCGAAAGCGUGGGUGGGAGCUUCACCAGCAGGAAAAGAAGCUAUUUGUGGAUUUGUAUCAAGAUGUAGAGACUCAGAUGCGGGCAGGCACUACCGAGCCGUGUGCUACUGUCAUGUUCAUCGAAGUACAGAAGAAGGAGCAGGAGCAAGUGUCGCCCGAACUCAUGGCCUACUAUUCGGGCUCACUCCUUCAAGCGGCGAUGGAAACGACCUUGGCCACCAUCACUGGGUUCGUCCAGGCCAUGGUGAUCUUCCCCGAAGUGGCCAAGACCGCCCAGGCCGAGAUCGACCGCGUAUGUGGUGAUCGCAUGCCUCGUAUCGAGGACUGGAAUGACCUCAAAUACAUUCGCGGCUGCAUCAAGGAGAGUCUACGCUGGAUGCCGACAACCAUCUUGGGCGUCCCUCACUCGGCCGAUGAAGAGGAACUGUAUGCAGGAUACAGGAUUCCCAAAAAGACGACCAUCAUCUACAAUGUUUGGGCCCUCCAUAACGACCCAAAGCGGUACCCUGAUCCGCGCAGGUUCGAUCCGGGACGCUGGGCCAACGACGAUUCCACUUCGUACGAGUCAGCUACCAAUGAGGAGGUGGGCAAGCGGGACCACUUUGGCUUCGGCUUCGGCCGUCGCAUGUGCCUGGCCAUGAACUUGGUCGACCAAAAUCUCUUCCUGGUCAUGUCGCGCCUCUUAUGGGCGUUUGACUUUAAUCGGGCUAUUGACGACAAGACCGGACUUGAGAUCGUCCCAGACAAGGAAAACUUACAGUUUGGCCUGUUUGUCAUGCCUGCUCCCUUUCCGGCCAAUAUUGCCCCCAGGACUGCUGAUAAAGCGCGGCAGAUUCGCGCAGAGUGGAACCAGGCGGCUGAGGAAUUCCUCGACGAGAAUUUGCAGUGGAAGGGAAUGCCGCCAGACAUGCCUAGAGUGGUGUAG